UAUUUUCAAUUUUUCACUCUUAUACAAUUUUGAAAAAACAAAAAUAAAAAUUUUAAAACCCUCCUCGUCGGAAACAAAUAGGAAAAUCCUCAGAAUAUUUAUCUUCAUCGGGGAAAAAAGAAAAAACUUCAUAAAAAGAACCUCAAAAUUUCUCUCUUCUUUGAAUUUAUUAAUCGAUUAUUUUUUCGAUAUUUUGAAGAUUCCAUGUUUUAAGUGAAAAGCUUACGUCUCUCCGUCUAAGCCUUUUCUUCCCCCCCCCCCCCCAUUUUUGCUUGGACUGUAAGUUGCUUUUGUUUCAUCUUGUUUUUCCUUUUCUUCCUAGGGUUUCAUUUCCAUUAUCUUCAAAAAAAGAAACUUGGAGAUCAAGCGAAAGUCCAGAAAAAGGAGAAGAUUAUAAAAAUUGUUACCGGAGUUUGAAAGGAGCUGAAUUGGAUGGUUUGAAGGUGAUGUGGAAAUCGAAAGGAAAAGUCUUUGGAUUUUAAGAUAAUUUUGCAAAAGGAAAAAAAAAUUGAUUGAAAUGAGGAAUUCUGGAAUAAUUUAGAAAACAAAAAAGAAAAAAAAUAAAGGAAAAAGUUGCGGAAGUUGCAACUAUGAGUUACAGCGAAGGAGAAACGAGAAACGUCAUCGUUUCAAAUGGCUCCGUAACGGCUGCUGAAGAGUUGACCAUCGAUCACAAUUUGCUCAUUGACCCGAAAUUGUUAUUUAUCGGCUCCAAAAUCGGAGAAGGAGCUCAUGGAAAAGUUUACGAAGGAAGGUAUGGUGAUCGGAUUGUUGCCAUUAAAGUUCUUCACCGUGGGAGUACUGUGGAGGAAAGAGCUGCACUCGAGAGUCGUUUUGCUCGCGAGGUUAACAUGAUGUCUCGAGUUAAACACGAGAACCUUGUCAAGUUCUUUGGCGCUUGUAAGGACCCGUUGAUGGCAAUAGUUACUGAGCUAUUACCGGGAAUGUCCCUUCGGAAGUAUUUAGUUAGCAUCCGUCCGAAAGUUUUAGACCUUCAUGUGGCUUUGAAUUUUGCACUAGACAUUGCUCGAGCCAUGGAUUGUCUGCACGCCAAUGGGAUUAUACAUAGGGAUCUAAAGCCAGACAACUUGCUGCUUACAGCAAACCAGAGAUCUGUUAAACUUGCAGAUUUUGGUCUUGCGAGGGAAGAAUCUGUGACAGAGAUGAUGACUGCAGAGACUGGGACUUAUCGCUGGAUGGCCCCUGAGUUGUAUAGCACGGUGACAUUACGGCAGGGAGAGAAAAAACAUUACAACAACAAGGUUGAUGUCUACAGCUUUGGAAUUGUCUUAUGGGAAUUAUUGACCAAUCGUAUGCCGUUUGAGGGCAUGUCCAAUUUGCAGGCAGCUUAUGCUGCUGCUUUUAAGCAAGAGCGACCUAGCCUUCCAGAGGAUAUAUCACCUGAUCUGGCGUUUGUCAUACAAUCUUGUUGGGUUGAAGACCCUAACAUGAGGCCGAGCUUCAGCCAGAUAAUGCGUAUGCUGAAUGCAUUUCUCUUCACACUCACGCCUCCUUCACCAUCCAUACCUGAAUCUGACACCAGUGAGACUGCAGAAACUAGUAAUGGAACCAUGACCGAGUUAUCUGUUCGAACAAAGGGGAAGUUUGGUUUCCUUCGCCAACUGUUCACUGCCAAGAAGACAAGGAACUCUCAAUGAGGUUAAAGUUUUUGAAAACACUUUCUUUCUCGAAAGUUGGCGUGGGAUAAAUUAGAUAUAUAUGUUUUAACUUAACCUCUUCUUAGUUACCGUCAAAUGAAGGAAAUGUAGGAAGGAUGUUGGUGGGGGUUAACUUUAAUGGCAAAAUAAAAAGAAAAAAUAGAGCAUCUUUUACACUGUCUAGUUGACUUUAUUGUAAAGAAGACACAGGGGUUUCACAUUGUUCUGUUCAUAUCAAAUGUUACAUUCAUCAGAAGAAAAAAAGAGAGGGAAAUUAGAGUGAAACUUAACUAUUUGGUUAAGUAAUAGCCCGUUAUCUUAAUUGGAAACCAGUAACCACUUGCUCUUUCGCCCGUGAGGGGAAA